GACAACAGGGCCGCCGUCAAACCGGAAGAACUCGCAAUUCCCGCCGCAGACAAGCUUCUCACUUGCAGAUGGAUUUGUUUGAUGACAGCCAGGGAAAUGAUUAUGAGGCUCUCUUAGCGUUCGAGGAGCAACAAGGUGCUGUAGUAGCCAAGAACACUCUGACAAAGGCCGAGAUCGAACGGCUGCCCAUAAAAACGUACAAUCCCACACACAGCGCAGGAAAAACAGAUUGCCAGAUCUGUUUCAGUGAAUACAAAGCGGGUGAACGACUCAGGAUCCUUCCAUGUCUCCACGAUUACCACGUCAAAUGCAUCGACCGCUGGCUAAAGGAGAACGCCACAUGUCCCAUCUGCAGAGCGGAUAUAUCAGAGUGUGGUGGUUUUUCUUGAGCGCACGACUUCAGGACUCAGUAUCUACCUCACAGCUGGUCAUGUUACCCCAUUUGACUUUUAAACAGUCUUAUUUUGAGUGUUAUUAAAUGCUUUUUAAAUGCAAAAUAUUGUCUGAUGUUUGAACCAGCAUAAAGCACUGCCAAGCACUGUUUUAUUUAGAAAGAUCCUUCUAAAACAUAUCAGACACGACUGUAUCACCCCAGUGGCAACAAACCUGCUAGCAAUAGCUGAACUUGAAUUUUGGAUUUUCAAAUAAAAUCGCUUCAUUUU